AUGACUUUACUCAAUCUUGUUCUCAUUUUAUGUGCUGGAGUAACAUCUGCAUUAGUUGCUGACUCUUUGUCUGAACCAAGUUCACGUAUGUGUAUGAUCUAUUGUCAAUACGGUUUCCAGCGUGAUGCUAAUGGACAAUCGAUGUGCGUAUGCAAAAAAAGUCCAUGUGAGGGAGAAGAAACCCCACUGGAAGGUUAUUUUUGUGGACGUAGCAUCAAUCGUCGUGAAUGCCCAUCAACACAUGAGUGUAUAAUAGCACGAAACGAUGCUUAUGCUGUCUGUUGUCCUCGUGCUCAAGAACUACCAAUAAGUAGUACGACCAAAUUAGGUACUUGCCCAUCAACAGCAUCAGGCAUGAUGGGCAUUUGUAUUGCUCGAUGUACUGAUGAUAGUAAUUGUCCAGGUGACCAAAAAUGUUGUGGUGGGUGUCCUCGACAAUGUACGAAGCCUAUCUUUGCAUGA